AUGGAUGUGUUGCAAGGAAUUAUUGAUAUUUUGAGAUUGGGUGAAAGAGAUGCUUCUAACAUUGGAAAAAGAAGAUUUCUUUCAAAUUCUUUUAUUGGUGGACCUAGAGAUAUGCGUCAACGAUACAUGGAUGCUAUUGCAUUAGUUCAACAUUUUGGUAAGCUUGAUUUAUUUAUAACCAUGACGUGUAAUCCAUCUUGGCCUGAAAUAAAGGAGCAUUUAGCAUCCGUGGAUGAAGCACAAAAUAAACCUGAUCUUAUUAGUAGAGUAUUUAGAGCAAAAAUCGAAGAGCUGAAAAUAGAUAUCCUUAAACGAUCUAUUUUUGGAAAAGUCGCGGUCUUUAUGUAUAUUGUAGAGUUUCAAAAACGUGGCUUACCUCAUGCUCAUCUUAUUAUACUAACUGCUGAACACAAGCUUCUAACGUCAGAAGCUUACGAUAAUAUUAUUAAUGCUGAAAUACCUGACAAAGAUGUAAAAUCAUAUUUAUAUUUUUUUGUUCUUAAACACGUGAUGCAUGGUCCCUGUGGCAAUCUUAAUCCUGCAAGUCCUUGCAUGAAUAAAUAUGGUUGUUGCAAAUUCAACUAUCCAAAAAGCUUCGUAAAUCAUACCUCGAAAGGAGCUGAUUCUUAUCCAAUUUAUAAAAGACGAAAUACAGGAGUAGCAGUAGAAAUACGAGGACACUACUUGAAAAAUUCUUGGGUUGUUCCAUACAAUCCAUUUUUGCUUGAAAAUUUGAUAGCAAUAUGA